UACAUUAAAGAGAUUUUAAUCCCAGUCUCAGUGUGAAAGAUGGGAUUGCUGGGAGCAAUAGGAUUUUCUUUAGCUUUGGUUUCUCUCACACAGAUACAUCAUUGUAGUGCAGGAGCGUGUAAAAUUUUAUCAGUAAAGUCAACAACUGCCUCUUCCAUUUCCGUAAAAUGGGAGAGUUAUCCAGGAGCAACAAGCUAUAUGUUGGACACCAGAAAGAAAAACUCGACGGAUACGGCGCCGAUUGUCCUUGUAUCAGGGGCGCAGGUGACUGAGAGGAACAUCCUGGGUCUCAGUCCUGGAACUGAGUACAAUGUGACUCUUAAAGUGAUUAAUUUUUUAAGUGUGAGCUGUGUGACGUCAGCGUUGGUACUCUCAGUACCUGAUGCAUCACACAUUUUAGAAGGCUGGCCACAGUCAAGUACCUCCAUUACUGUAAAAUGGACAGCAGUACCAUCUGCGCAGUACUACAUCCUGCAGGUGUCCUCCCAGGUUACAGGGAAUAUGCUAAACUUCACCUACACCAACACCACAGCCACGGUGACAAACCUGCGGCCCACCACCAACUACGACUGCUACGUUUAUACGGGAAACCAGGCAGGCUUGGGAAACAGAAGCAACGUCAGGACCAUCACAACGUUGGUGCAGCCUCCUGUUGGAGUUGAAACAACACAAACCAAUGUUGAAACAGUGAGAGUUACGUGGACACCGGUGGUAAACGUCCUGAUGUACCAGGUCACCAUUCGGAACCUUGAUGAACCCAACAUGAAGCCUUCUGUGUACAAUGUCACAAACACCAACCUGGACAUCAACGGCAUCCGCCCAUGCUCCAACUAUCUGAUAUCCGUGUCCUCGUUCAGCAAGUUCCUGGUGCUGAGUGAGCCCACAAACCACAACUACAGCACCAACAAGUUGGCACCAGUGUCAUCUGUAUCGGUGGAUUACUCCUGCACCACAAACUCCGCCGUAGCUUCUUGGUCGUCUGUCUUUGGAGCCAACUCCUACAUCGCCACGGCAGUGGACGGAAACGGAUCAGAGAUUCAGUGCACGAGCCAGAGCACCAGCUGCACCAUCGGCGGACUGACAUGUGGCCAACAGUACAAGAUGCAAGUCAUACCCGUGUCAAACAACUGCAAGAACUGGGUCAACGCCACUUCAGCUUCGUUUCAGACCGUAUCCUGCCCUCCUGGCAACCCGAUGUUGUUGCGAGAAUGUAGCAGCAACGUCAUUAUCUUCUCAUGGAAUCACACAAGCGGCAUAGAUUUCUACAUGGCCCGGGCAGAAGACUCAAAGGGAGAGGUCUUGAACUGCCUGACCGAAGACAACUCAUGCUACUUCACACAGACGACAUGUGGUCGACGGUAUCAGUUCACCGUACUCUCCAUCACAAAGGGCUGCAGGAGUGGCGUUAGCUCGACUGUUGACGUUCAAACAGCGCCAUGCAUUCCCGAGAAUUUGCAGACUUACCCCAGCUGCAGCAGUAAUAGUAGUGUUCUGGUCAGCAAGUGGGACCACGCUGAGGGCGCCUUGCGGUACAACGUUGAGGCUCAGGGAAACAUCCGAAACAGCAGCUACAACUGCAGCUCACAGUCCAACAGCUGCGCCAUGGAGGGCGUCCUCUGUGGAGAUCAGCUGACCAUGACCAUCACGGCGUACGACAACGAAUGCGCCAGUGCUACAAGUUUGGGUUCUCCUGCUGAGACAGUCCCAUGCAUCCCCCAGAAUGUGUUGGCUACCAAGGAAUGCGGGUCCAACUCCAUCAGGGUGUCGUGGAAGAUGAACAGUGGAACGGCUUUCUACACUGCUAUUGCAAAGUCCAGUGACAAUGUGAUUGGCAGCUGCAACUCCAUUUCUCCAUCCUGCACCAUCACCGGCUUGAAGUGCAGCAGCAACUACACUGUCUACGUCAUUGCCUCAAACUUUAUCUGCAACAGCUCAGAGAGCGAGAUGGUCACCUUACAGACAGCCGCCUGCGCUCCAGACAACGUCGCCACCGCCCUGGACUGCGCCUCCAGCGCAGCUCUGAUUUCCUGGCGGUGGAGCUCGCCCAUAAACUCCUUCACUGCCACCGUCACUGAUGAGGUUUAUGAAUUGCUCAGCUGCAGCUCCAACACAACCAGCUGUAAAGUUCCCAACCUGAGAUGCGGCCGCCUCUACAAAGUCUCUGUGUUUCACAACGACGCUACCAGCUGCUCCAGCAUCCCGUCUCAGCCCAUCUACAUGGAGUCUGUUCCUUGCGGUCCGUCUAACGUCCAGGUAAACUUGAACUGUACCUCCGGUGCCAUGAACAUCAGCUGGGACGCGCAGAGAAAAGCACAGGGCUACAUCGCCGUAAUCUCAGGCGCAAACAAGACGACGACCCAGUACAACACCACACAACCCGGGCUGCUGAUUGGCUCACAGGACUGUGGGCAGCAGUACACAGUGAAGGUGAUGUCCUUCAACCAGAGCUGUGUCAGCUUUUCUUCACAAACAUACUUCAAAGAAGCGCCGUGCGUGCCCACUAACGUGUUGGCAAACAGAAGCUGUGGGCAGAAGUUUGUGGAUGUGGCGUGGCAGUCGAGCCGCGGAGCCCAGAACUACACCGUGACGGCGGUGGACGGGCAAGGCAGCCGUUUGACAUGUGUCUCCACGGAAACGUCGUGCCGGCUGGACGGUGUAAAGUGCAGCAAUAUUUACAAUGUCAGCGUGGUCGCCAUGGACGACUUGUGCAGCAGCAUGAGGAGCACACCAGUGAAACUAACCAUAGAGCCUUGCCCUCCUUCUCAGCUCACUGCCUCCAUUAACUGCUCUGAUAACUCUGCCAAGUUAAGCUGGGGCAGCAGCCCCAACGCUGCGUCCUACACUGGAAAGGCGAGCAGCUCGGACGGACACACGGUGACCUGUGACCCUGGCCUGACACUAGGAUGCCAGCUGAAGGGCCUGCAAUGUGGCAAACAGUACAGCUUCACCGUGUCGGCGUCAGACGGUGACUGUCGAACCGUAGACAGCCAACCAGUCAAUCUCACAACUGCCCCAUGUGCUGUUCAGGGCGUAAUCACCCAGCUGAACUGCAGCACCAACGAUCUGAGCAUCAGCUGGACGCCUGGAUCCCUCCCGGUCAACUACAGCACCAGCGCCGUGUCUGCUAGCGGCUCCGUGCUCCGCUGCUUCACUGCCGACUACAGAUGCACUUUAGCCGGCUUGCAGUGCGGUCACCGCUACACCGUGAGUGUGAAGCCCAUCAGCAGCACAUGUGAAGGCCUGAGCAGCGUCCAGCAGAUUGUGAAUGCAGUCCCGUGUGUCCCAGUGAACGUCCAAGGCAACGUGGAGUGCUCCACCAACACCCUGCAGGCGUCCUGGGCUGCAGCUGCUGGAGCUACAAACUACGUCUCCACCCUGACCGGACCGGGAGGCGUCUCCACUUCCUGUCUGACCACCAACCAGAUCUGCUCUUUCCCCAGUCUGCGAUGCGCUCAGACUUAUAAUUUCAGCGUGGUGGCCAUCAACGACAGGUGCAACAGCACAAAGAGCAGCACUGUCUCCGCAAAAACUGCUCCAUGUGACCCUGCAAACGUCACCGCGUCUCUGAACUGCCUCUCUGAAGUGGCGACGGUGACGUGGAGCGCCAGCGCCGGAGCGAACUUUUACACGGCCGUCGCUCAGGCCGGCGGACUUGUGGACUCCUGCAACUCGACCGGAACAUCGUGUGAGCUGAGCAAGCUGCAGUGUGGAGAGAAUUACACCAUCACCGUGCUGGCCGGGGACGCCAAGUGCAACAGCUCCAUUCUGGCCAAAACCAACAUAGUAACGGCUCCCUGCACUCCAGUGAUCAAGAAUUACUCUUCUUACUGCGUCACUAACAACACUUUGGUUUCCUGGGUUGAGGAUAAGGACGCCGUCAGCGUAGCGGUCAAUGCUACGUCCGACCGGGGUCACUCGCUGUCCUGCAGCUCUUCCACCAACACCAGCUGCAUUCUGGGUAACCUGCUGUGUGGACACACCUACACGGUCCAGGCUGUCGCUACCGGAGUCCAGUGCACCAGCAAACCCAGCUCUGCUUUCCAGAUUUUCACAGCGCCUUGCACCCCGGCCAACGUGGAGUACCAGUACUACUGCGGAUCUGGGAUUGCUCUGGUGAGCUGGGACGAGGUCCUGGGCCAGGACAGCUACUAUGUUCGCGCCCACACAGGCGGCCAUUCCGUCUCCUGCAGCGCCAGCCAGAACACCGACUGCUCUCUGCCGCCGCUGCGAUGCAGCCGCAACUACCAAGUAGACGUCAUCGCAAUGGCUAGCAACUGCAACAGCAGCAUUCCUGGAGUCACUCACAUACAGACCGCUCCUUGCGCUCCCACCAACCUCAACGCGUCCCUGUUGUGUAAGAACAACACGGCGGAGGUGAGAUGGCAGCCUAGCGACGGAGCGGUACUGUACAGCGUGACGGCGACUGGACGAGACGGCGACCUGAAGCUCUGCACCACAAACACCUCCACUUGCUUAUUACCCAACAUGCAUUGCUCUCAAACCUACAUGAUCAUCGUCAGCCCCUCCUCAAACCAGUGCAAAGGCCAAGACACGCAGCCAUACACCUAUCAAGCAGGCUCCUGUCCUCCUACAAACAUCCAAGCAUCUUUGCAGUGCGCUGGUAACGUGGGUCGUGUGACCUGGGAUGCUGCGCUGCGAGCCGAGACGUAUGACGUUACGACCGUGCCCUCCGUCCUGGACAAACACGUCCACAGCUGCUCCACCGACGGAACCAACUGUUCGCUCACGGAUCUGAAAUGCGGUGAGACGGUCGCCAUCACCGUGGCAACCAUAGAGAGAGGCUGCCGGAGCGAACCCAGUGAUCCGCUCAUGUUCAAAACAGUGAUCUGCCCGCCCACCGCUGUGGCUGCUGUGACAACUUGCAGCAACAACAACAUCACCGUUAGCUGGGACCUGAGUCCGGAAACCGGAGCUCAGUACUUCAUUCUCUCCCAGAAGGACGGCGGGUCGGUCGCCAACUACUCAUCGUCUCAGCCGUUCCGCGUGAUCAGCGGGCUGCGCUGCGGCGAGAUGUACAUGUUCAAGGUCGCCGCGGUGAACUCUGAGUGCAGCAGUGUCUUCAGCAAGCAAAUCGAAGCUGAAACAGCUCCUUGCCCUCCCAGCAACCUGACUGUAAAAACUGAAUGCGGCACCAAUCUGGCGACUUUGAGCUGGGCUCCCAGCAGAUACGCCGUUUCCUACACCGCCACCUUCACCGGUACGCACGGUCACGUGGUUUCCUGCUCUACCAACACAACCAGCUGCUCCGUAAAGGUGGACUGUGGACGCCAGUACUCCGCCGUCGUGGUCGCCUCCACUGUAACCUGCAACAGCAGCCGAUCAACUGCUUUGACCUUUGUCUCAGCUCCAUGUCUGCCUGACCAGGUGGAAGCAGAGCUCAACUGCACGGCCAACUCCUUCUUGGUGCAGUGGAGAGGAACAAUCGGUGACAUUGGCACGUACACGGCCAUCGCCAUCGGCAGCGACAACACGCGUGCGAGUUGCGACUCGGCCGGCACUCAGUGCACCAUCCAGAGGUUGAAAUGCGGCGUCCUGUACAGCAUCGUCGUCACCACGGCCUCCAUCGACUGCGGGACCAUAUAUGGCUCAGACUACCAGAUUUACUCAGCUCCCUGCAAACCAGCCAACGUCUCAGUGAAUCUGGAGUGCAGCACCGACGUGGCGAUGGUCACCUGGGAGAACUCGGGUCCGGAUCAGCGUCAGGUGGUGACCGCCGUGGACAGCAGAGGACAGACCAGCGUCUGCAACUCCAGCAGCUCCAACUGCACCUUCCACCAGCUGCAGUGUGGGAAAAAAUACGCCAUCAACGUCGUCGGCUACACCAACUCCUGCAGCAGCGAACCCGCUGCUGCUAAGGAGCUCAGCACCGCUCCCUGCAUCCCCACCCACGUCAAAGUGAGCGUGGACUGUGAGAGCGGCAUCACGGCUGUGACGUGGGACGACGCGCUCGGCGCCACUUCGUACACUGUCUACGCCCGGGGAAGCCGCGGCUACAAAGCCCAGUGCGACAGCGCGAGCAUCGACUGCGACUUCGUCAACCUGGAGUGCGGGCAGGACUACAACAUGACAGUGAUGGCUCAGCAUGACACCUGCGUCAGUGCGCAGAGUGAAGCCAUCACCGUCAGCUCAGAUCCGUGUCCCUACAGCGGCUUGCGGACGUCGCUGGACUGUAACACCAACGCAGUCUCUGUGUCUUGGACUCCUGGCAGCGGCAUCCUCUACUACAACGUCUUGGCCGAUUCUUUUAACACGGCGGAAGAGAAAAGCUGCUCGACCAACGGCUCGUCCUGCAACAUCACGUCUCUGAGCUGCGCCGACAGCUACAGAGUCAGCGUCAGUGGGCAGGGACAGAACUGCCCCAGUCCGAACCAGAACUGGAACAGAAUAGACACAGCUCCGUGUCCUCCCACCAACCUCACGGUCAGCUCUUCCUGUACAUCCAACAACAUCUCGGUGUCGUGGCAAGACUCGCAGGGUUCCAUGUCCUACAUGGCCGUGGCUGAAAAUAGAAAUGGUCGCAAGUGGUCGUGCAACACAAGCAGCACCACCUGCCAGAUACUUAAACUGCUGUGUGGACAGAAGUAUGACGUUUAUGUCGUCGGCAUCGAUUCAACCUGCUUUGGAGCCAAGAGUGAAAUAAAAACGAUUCACACUGCUCCAUGCGUUCCAGAGAACAUUGAGACACAUCUCGACUGUCCAUCUGGAGUCCUCAACGUGACCUGGGAAUCCACAGGCUACUUCACACGCUUCCAGGCUUCCGUAGUUAGCAGCAAGGGCCAUGUCAACAUCUGCACCACGGAAAAGAAUUACUGCGUGGUGCAAAAUAUGGAGUGUGGGACGACGUACGAUGCGACAGUGACGGCCCAGGAUAAGGCCUGCAACAGCUCCCACAGCCCUGUGAAGCAAGUUAAAACAGCUCCCUGCCCACUGUCGUCCUUCCAUCCUCGUGUGGACUGCAGCAGCGGCGUUGUCUCCGUCACCUGGAACAACAGCGUCUCAGGGGUUGUGUACACCGUCUCUGCGGUUGAUGAGGAAGGUCGCGCUCAUAACUGCAGUGGCACAAACAGUGGCUGUAACAUUGACACCCUGCAGUGUGGGACAGAAUACAACGUCUCCAUCACGCCGUCCUGGGAUGCAUGUGUGGGCCGGGCCAGCGCCACAGCGCUGAUAUCAACAGUUCCCUGUGUGCCUCAGUUGUCGGGCGUGGAGAUCGACUGCCUGACAAACUCAGCCUGGGUGAUGUUCGAUGAGUCUGACGGCGCUGAAGGAUACGUCAUCGUCACAACAGACAGCCAGGGCGCCAUCCAGACGUUCGAGUGCAACGACACGUCGGAUGGGAUGUGCGCUCUGCCGACGUUAGCCUGCAGCCAGAACCUCACCUUUACCAUGAAGGCCCGGAACGAAGCGUGCAUCAGCGCCGCCAGCAACAACGUCACCACAGAAACAGCGCCGUGUCCUCCUCAGGGCAUAAGGGAAACCAUAAACUGUGACGACGGAACCCUGUCAAUCAGCUGGUCAGCUGUUCCCGGGGCGAUAACGUACACGGCCACGCUUGAAGAGCUGAAUGGCGGCAUGCCACGCUGCUGCACAUCGUCUGCUACCGGGUGCGACAUCGAAGAACUGCCGUGUGGAGAGAUGUACAUCCUGCAUGUGACAGCCGAGGGUCGGACCUGCAACAGCUCCGAGAGUGACGGGAUCAUCACAAGGACAGUGGCGUGCGUUCCAGAGAAUCUCCAAGCCGAUCUGAUCUGCAGCAGCAAUGUGGCGUUCAUGUCGUGGGACUACAGCCCCGGCGGGCAGCUCUACACCGUGACGGCGGUGGGCGCCGGCGGACACGUGUCCGUGUGCCGGUCGCCUGAUAACCAUUGCGAUCUGACGGACCUGCGGUGUGGAGAGCUUUACAACGCCACAGUGACCGCCGAGGACGUACACUGCGAGAGCAAACCCAGCGACAGCGUGACGAUCAAGACUGUACCAUGCACUCCUGAGAACACGUCCUCUGUGAUGGACUGUAAGGCCAACUCUCUCAUCGUCUCCUGGUCUGAGAGCGCAGGCGCCGACUCCUACACCGCCACGCUGGAGGACAGCAACGGCCAGAGCACAACCUGCCAGGGAACAACCAAAGGAUCGUGCAGCGUGAGCGGACUCGGCUGCGGCCAGAUCUACCACGUGUCUGUGGUCUCCUCUGACGGAUACUGCAACAGCCCGCCCACAGACGUGCUGGACACUCCCUCAGUGCCGUGUAAACCCAGAAACAUCAAGGCGGCGAUGGACUGCUACACGAAAACAGCCCAGGUGUCCUGGUACCCGAGCGACGGCGCUCUGUCCUACCUGGUCGUCGCCUCCACUGCAUCGGGCCACAAUGUCACCUGCGAGACCACCAACACCUCCUGUGAGCUGGAGGGGCUGCGCUGUGGUCAGAGCUACUCUGUGUGGAUGAAAUCAGUGGGAGAAACCUGCAGCAGCAGCGCCAACAUGACCGGAGAGCUGCUGACGGAACCAUGCAUUCCUGAGCAUAUCACCGGUCUGUACAGCCUGGCUAUCGGUCAGGUUGAGUGGGACAAGGCGGUCGGUGCCAAUAACUACACUGUGACCGCGGAAACGGAGCAAGGCCUCACAGCCACCUGCACCACCAGAGACAACUUCUGCACAUUGUACAACAUGGACUGUGGCCAGGUGUACAACAUCACCGUCACGUCGCACAGUGACGUGUGCAAAGACGUGUCUGUCUCUACAGAACACGUCACUAUUGUAACAGAGCCGUGUCCGCCUAAAAACGUGGAGACCAACGUGAACUGCCAGGAGGAGCUGGGGACUGUGUCAUGGGAGGCCAGCUGGGGCUCCGUGGGCUACGAGGUUCAGCUCGCAGGGCGUGACGGCCAUUCGCUGACCCGCCACACAAACACCACGUUCUGCGACGUCAAAGACCUGCACUGCGGGGUCAUCUACUACACCAACGUCAUUGCCAUUGGGGAGAACCUCAACAGCAGCAAGUCCACCACUGUGCUCCUGACUGCAGCUCCCUGUACAGCCGGCGAUGUGGCGGCUAGCUACGACUGCCACAACAACACAGCAGAAGUCUCCUGGAGCUACAGCGCGGGCGCCAGCUCCUACCGGGUCACUGCUGUGUCGCCAGACGGGUACCGGACCUCCUGUGAGACGGGUGAGCUCCAGUGUGAACUGUUGGAGCUGGAGUGCAGUCAGACGUACAGCGUCACCUUCACAACCAUCAGCGACCAAUGCCAGAUUGAGACGCACACCAACGUUUCCUUCAGCACAAGCCCCUGUAAGCCGCUGCGUGUCGGAGUGGACCUCCGGUGUGGGACGAGUACAGCCGACAUGUUCUGGGACGAAGACGACUAUGUGGAGCUCUUCAUGGCCACUGCCACCAGCAGCGAGGGAAUGAUCCUGCAGUGCAACUCCACCAACUCCACCUGCCGGUUUCCGGACCUGGACUGUGGAGAGAAAUAUGUGUUUUCUGUCACUGCGUACAGCAGCAUGUGCUACAGCGUAGAGGGCAACUCUGUGGAGAUCCAGACAGAACCUUGCCAGCCAGCUGGCCUGUCGGUCAUCGGAUCGUGCCAUGAUGAGACGGUUACGGUGAGCUGGGACGAGGCUCCCGGGGCAGCGGUGUACGUAGUCACAGCCGCCGGACAUCUGGGCUACGUUUCCACUUUCCAAGCCAAUGAAACGUGGAUAGAAACCAAUCUGCCCUGCGGACAGCUGUUCACUUUCACCGUAACGGCACAAGAUGAUCGCUGUCAGAGCGCCGUGAGCCAGCCUGAAAAAUACAAAACAGGUCCCUGCACCCCUGAGGCCCUGCAGAGCUACAGGGGCUGCGAGGACAGCCUCGGCUCCGUCAGCUGGAGCAUGUUCGCAGAUGCAGAGUCGUACCUGGCUGUGGCGGUGGGGAAGGACGGCCACACCCACCAGUGCGCCUCAAACACCACCAGCUGCACAUGGGACGACCUGCACUGCGGCGAAAUUUACACCAUCAACGUCGUCGCGCUCGACUACCAUUGCACCAGCCUGCACAGCAACAGCACGACUAUUCGGAUGGCACCUUGCAUACCUCGAGAUUUGAAAUCAUCCUUUAACUGCACUACAAAGGUUGGAUCGCUGACCUGGAAUGCGAGUAAAACCGCUGAGUUUUACAUUGUGACGGCAGAGACCAACAGCGGCCACAAAGUGCAGCUGAGCACCAACGACACCUGGGCGUUCAUUUCCGAGUUCCUGUGCGGUCAGCAGUACUUCCUGUCUGUUCAGGCGGCAGACUCGGUCUGCACCAGUCGCCCCAGCCAGCCUUCAAAACUGUUUUCAGAGCCCUGCCCGCCCACCGAAGUGCACAGCGUCUUGAACUGCCUGUCGAACAUCGCUCUGCUGUCGUGGACCGGCUCGGCGGGGGCGGAGUUCUACACCGCCACGGUGAUGCCAGAAGACGGCCAGCCGAUGAGCUGCGCGUCUGAAAACGCGCAGUGCGCCAUUCCCAACAUCCCGUGUGGGAAGCGCAACCUAGUGACGGUUGUCGGUUCCAACGGCAUCUGUGAUUCUGACCACAGCAUGUCUGACAUACUGCAGUCGGUCCCUUGCGUUCCCACUGACGUGCGAGUGACGAUGAACUGCUCCACAAACGAGGCGGUCGUGUCCUGGAGUGCCAGUGAUGGCGCUCUGUUUUACAAAGUGGUCGCAGUAAGCACACAGGGAGCCGAGUCCAACUGCGCCACAGAAGAAACAAAGUGUGCGCUGACCAACCUGACCUGCGGACAGCGGUACCACGUCCAGGUGGUGGCGCAGGACAACAUCUGCUCAAGCUUACCAAGCCCAGCUGUCGCGUUUGAAUCAGUUCCCUGCACGCCCAGCAUUGGCUUUGUGAUUUUGGACUGCUACACCAACUCUGCGCUCCUGGAGUGGAUGUAUUCUGAGGGCGCCUUGAACUACACGUCCACUGCCCGGUCCUCUGGCGGCCAUGUUUCCAGCUGCACCACCAGCCUCACCAACUGUGAGCUGGAGAACCUGCAGUGCGGCCAGACCUAUGCGGUGGCAACUGUGGCGUCAAACGAUCAGUGCAGCAGCCCACCCAGCGCCACGCUGCAACUGGAGUCAGUGCCCUGUCCUCCUGAACACAUUGUGGCCAGUCUGGACUGCGACAGCAACGUAGCUCGGGUGGAGUGGCAGGCCAGCAGCGGCGCAGACUCCUACAUCGUCCAAGCUUUCGGCGUGCAGGAACACGAGACCAACUGCUCCACAGACUCCCAGUCCUGCAUCCUGUCCAACCUCAUGUGCGGCUUCACCUACAACGUCAGCGUCCUCGCCGUUAACGGCGCGUGCAACGUGUCGCAGAGCGAAGUGCAGCAGCUCAAAGCAAUUCCCUGUGUGCCUGCGCUGGUGGAGGCCCGAGUCGUGUGCGAGUCCGGCGGCAUCAUGGUCUCCUGGGAGCAGAGCACAGGCGCCUCGUCGUACGCCACGGUGGCGCGCGGCGGCGGCGGCUUGGUCUCAACAUGCAACAGCUCCUCAACCACGUGUCUGCUGGACGACGUCCUGUGUGGCCAGAACUACUCCAUCACCGUCAUCGCAUCGGACGACAUGUGCAGCAGCGCCAAGAGCUCAGCCGUGGAGAUCGACACAGCGCCGUGUGUGCCGCAGAAAGUGACGGCGCAGAUGUUGUGCGGCAACAACACCGGCGUGGUGUCAUGGGCAGAAGACAAAGGCGUCCAUUCGUACCACGUUCAAGCUUUGGGGCCCGACGGUCACAAAAUAUUCUGUGACAGCGUCAAAAACAGCUGUCAGCUUCCCAGCAUGCAUUGUGGCCAGACCUACAACCUGACAGUGACGGCUCAAGAUGGACGCUGCGACAACAGCAACGCCUACCUCGACCUAAAGUCUGUUCCUUGCAAGCCCACGAAUGUCGGCGCGUCCCUCCGCUGCCUCUCGAACUCGGCCGCGGUGACCUGGGAGUGGGCCAGCGGCGCGCUCUCUUACGUUGCGGUCGGCGUUACUACAGACGGGAAACACAGAGCCAGGUGCAACAACACGAUGACCUACUGUGACCUGAGCGACCUGCAGUGUGGACAGACCUACAGCGUCAGCGUGUUCGGCCUGGACGAGUCCUGCUCCGGCGUGGAGAGCAACCAGACUCUCGUACGGACAGCUCCAUGUCUGCCUCAGAACGUGACAGUCGAGGCUAAAUGUGCUGAAAAGGCGAUGGUCGUCUCCUGGGCCCCCAACCCGGACGCCCAGUACUUCCAUGUAGCCGUAGUGAGCAGCACCGGCGCCAGGCUGUACUGUAACUCCAGCACCAACUCCUGCACCAUCGGCGACCUGCCCUGUGGGCAGCGCUACAACGUCACAGUGAUCUCCGUUAGAGACGCCUGUGAGAGCAAACCGAGCGCCGUGGUGCCGACCUGUUCAGCUCCAUGUGUUCCCACGAAGCCUAAUGGCCACCUGGACUGCGUGUCAAACUCAGCCUGGGUGUCCUGGACCGAAUCGCAGGGCGCCAGCAGCUACUACGUUCUGGCCACGGCGGCCAGCGGCCGUAACUCCAGCUGCACCUCCUCGUCCUCCCUGUGCGAAGUCGCAGAUCUGAAAUGUGGGACUCUCUACACCUUCCAUGUCACGGCAGUCAACAAGCAGUGCAGCAGUAAUCACAGCAGCACCUUUGAGAUUGAGACAGGUCCUUGCGCUCUAGAGAGAGUCACUGCAACACCUGCAUUCAAUAACGACACCAUCCUGGUUGAAUGGAAGCAAACGCUGGACUCGCCGCUCUACCUGGUCACAGCUGAAGCCGAAGAUAAAUCCGUCAUUUCCUGUAACAGCUCGUCAAACCAGUGUGUCCUCCAGGAUGCCCGGUGCGGCCAACACUACAGCGUCAUCGUGUCGGCUUCCUCAGACAAGUGCAGCAGCCUAAGAAGUCCCCCGACGAAGAUCAAGACAGCUCCCUGCGUGCCGAGCAAUGUGACAGUGGUGUCGCAGUGCCAGGACAGAGGGGCCGUGGUUUCCUGGGAGAAAUCGUUGGUGGCCACAUCGUACCGGCUGACGGCCAGAGGACAAGAUGGCCACGUUGUGGCCUGCAACAACACGGCCAACAACUGCUCCCUGUCUGCCCUGCACUGCGGCCAGGCGUACGGCGUGAGCAUCACCGCCGUGGGAGAAAACAGCACCAGUUACCCCAGCAACGAUACCUUCAGAACAGUGCCUUGCGCUCCGUCUAAUCUCGCCGUGGAUAUCGACUGUCAGACCAACUACGCCCGGCUGUCUUGGGCUCACACCGACGGCGCUGUGAAGUAUUUCAGCCGCGUGUCGUCUGCGGCUGGCGAAGCCUUUUACUGCGACAGCAGCAACACUUCCUGCACACUGAAAAACCUGCAGUGUGGCGGCAACUACAACUUCACCGUUACAGCCUUCGACGGGGCCUGCAACAGCUCGGAAAGCAAACCUCUGCAGGAAGGAGCAGCUCCAUGCCCACCGUCUCGCCUGAAUGUCCGGAUGCAGAGGAUCAAACUAACGUUCUGGGCCAUGAUAUCCUGGGACAAAGUCAACUGUUCAGGCGUCGAGUAUUUGGUUGAAGUGAGAGGCUGGAUCAGAAACGACCCGCUGACCCUGAUGAAAGUCUCCUCCUACUGGCAGCCCAGGCCGUACUUCGAGCUGCCGAUGCCUUGCAGCUCGGCUUUCAACGUGACCGGGUUCUCCAGAAACUCUGGAGGCGUCAGCAAGCCGUCCAGAAUCUACACAGGAACCACAGAGCCUUGUGCGCCGCAAAGGGUUAAAUACAGUGGGAACUCGACGUCGGCCAUCUUGUCCUGGGACGCGUCGGUGUUGGCCACCAUGUACACGGUCUACAACGUGUCGGGGGGAAGCUGGGUGAAGCUGUGCAACACCACGGGACUCUCCUGCCAGCUGACCAACUUCAACCCUGCUGCCACCACAGUAACAGCCAGCAACGCUGUCGGGGAAAGCAACCCGAGCCAAAACAUAACAGGUCCAGUCAGAGCACGCAGGAGACGAGAUCUGCAACCCGAUCAACUCGACAGCGAUGAAGAAGAAAGUCUGGAGACCCCAGAGGUUUUGGCCGUGACAGCGAGCGGCGGGUCCUUGUAUGUGAAGUGGAAGAUGGUGGACGGAGCGACCGAAUACGAGCUUGUCAUUGAAGAGGAGCAAAACGCGGCGCAGACGACUCCGCUGCCGAGAGUGAGGAACGUAGGCGGGGAUUUUUACACAGAGACUGGCCUCAAACCCGUGACCAGCUACUGCGUCAGAGUGGCAGCAAAGGACGGCCUCAACCGGAGCAACUUCUCCUGGCCGACCUGCAGGAAAACCGGCGCUUCGUAAAGAAACCAAUUACUGUAGAGACUGGAUGAAAGAGUUUUAUCUGGGGUAAAAAUGGUUUUUCCACUACGUAGCAUCCAUCACAGAUUUUCUUUUCUGGUUUGUGCUCAAAGAACUUUAGGAAGAUAACUGAUUGCUUUAAUAAUCUAAACAUGUAGCCAUUCAUAGCUGUCUAAAUGUGUUGCUGAAGCCAUAUUUAUCAAAAGAAUUGUUUAUUUUUAAGAUAGGUUAAUACUUUUUUUUUUGGAUGAUUGUUAACUCUUAAAAACUCAGUAAACCUGAUAAUUUAUCAAGAAAUAUCCUUUAAAUGUAUAUUUUCUUGGUGACUUACCUGCUCAGAUGAUGAAAUAAAAAGAAAUC